GCAACAGUCUCCCUCCUUCGAUGACCCGAGCUAGAGGCACCAAGAGUGGAGAGGCUGCAUACAAAGCCGCGCGUCGCGCAACAUGAAGUCAAAACGAAAUACAAAGGCUGCAGCGCUUGCUUCACAAAUUGCCGCUCCGACGAGUGCAAAUCAAAAUGCCGUCGCUGGUGCAUCAAGGACCACUUCUAGCGCCCCGUUGUGCCGACCUCUACCGCUGCGACCAUUAUCCACAAGUGCGAACGUUUCCCAUCUCAGCUCUACCGAAUGCGCCGAGCCGCGAUCAGUGUUGGCUUUAUCGAGCGCUGAGCCAAACUUUAUUUCGCGAUGGACGUCGACCUCGCAGUCCAUAUGCAUCUGUUGCUGCAAGCACUGCAGUCGGCCUGCCACAGGCUCCAACAGUGCUCUUCAUGGCAGCAUCAUCUCUGAUCCAAAGCAAUUCUUCAGGACUGCACGUUUCGUCCGCGACUGACACUCUUGGUCUUUCCUCUUUGAGGACAGACCAGCAGCGCGAUGAUGUCUCGAGCUCAGUGGCAGUCGCGCUAGGAAGUCAUGUCGAGGCGUCAUCUUCCGGCACAGGAUUAUCUCAUCUGAUACUGCAGGCACAAAAUGUUCAACCUGUAGCAUCAACAGGGAGGGACACACCAGUUUCAAAUGAUGCACAAGCAUCCCAGUCGCUCAAACGCCCCCUUACUGCCCUAUCGAAGCCUUUUACGGCAACUGCGAGCCCAAGUAGACUUCCCAAGAAGCAGAAAAUGGGGAGGGCGAAACAUUCUGGUCAUUCUACAGACCUGCAGUCUCCACCACUUGCAAAUUUGUCAAUUGUGGAAGCCGUCAGCGGACAUGGUUCUCCGGCAAAAAAAGCACUGCCAGAUGAUCAUGUCAACGUGGAGACUGGUCAAAAGAUCUCAAGCCAACAUGAGCCGUCUCAUGCCAGUCAUGAUGGACAGCGGAUAGCGAGGCUUGAGAUCGAACUUGAACAGAUGCAUGAACGACUGGCCACGAUCUUGUUUGAGCAAAGCAACAAACAUCAAGCUGAGAUGGAGCAAUUCGAAGGCCGUCUGUCGAGAUUAUAUCAAUUACAGCUGGAAGGGAUGGAAGCUAGAUUGGAAGCACGAUAUCCAGAAUUUCAAAAUGGCAAAGAGUCUGAGGUCGAUGCAGAAUGGAACGAGCAAGGGUACUCAAGAGGAUGGCCCCUCACGGGCACUCAUACCGACUGCAACAACGGAAGGCCCUGUCCAAGAGCUUGUAACCUACAGGAAGAAUAUUUCAGCCCACAGCGAACUUGUAAAGGAGCUUGAUCCUUUGCUGUACAACGCCGCUCAUCGACUUCUCAUCUGCACCCUGUGCGCGCAAGUAGUCUCCCUUGAGCAGCUCGCCAGACAUGUCCAGGAAUACAAGCUUCACAAGGUACAAGGAUCUCAUGGCAAGAAGUGGCUUGGCAAGGUCAUCAAGUAUUGCAGCGAUCAUGGCUACGACCCCAUCAAGCCGGACACUUUUGAACCCCCGGCAAGCGCCAUUCAGCCUAUCGACGGUCUGCCCAUCCACGUCAAUGGCUUCCAGUGUCUCGUCUGCAAUUACAUCUGCCUCACUAAAAAGGUCCUUCAGAAGCAUCUGACAAAAGAGCACAAUCUAAAGCUCAAGCAAAGCACAAAUCAACCAGACGGAACCUGGCGCUCGACAGUCCCGUGUCAGCAACUCAGCCGUCAAGGACCCUUUUGUCGCUUAUUUGAAGUUG